AUGGGGGAUGAUAUCAUGGAACAGGCCAUGGUGGUGGUCUUCCCUGAGGACGAUCCCAGGGUCUGCCAGGUGAGUUUCCGCCGGAAUGUGCCCUUGCUGAUUUUGCAAACGGCCUCCAUCGAGGCUGGACAGAUGAGAUUUGGAGAAAGGAACAGCUUAGAUUUGCGACAGGCAGGCAGUGUAGUGGCGGAUGGCGAGAAAGUGUCCAUCCUAUCCCGGACUACCAAUGGGCAGCAGUCGCAUUUGAUGCUAGAACUCCACAUGGACGACAAUGCAGAAAUCCAAGCCUGGACUUCGGCCCUUCGACAGGUCAUGAACAGCGAGGAGGGCGCGAAGGCAAACGCCAAACAGGCCAAACAGCUGAAAGCCAGCCGACCUGGGAGUAGCCCGAGCUCACCUCCCAGCAAGGAUGAACAGAAGGAGAUUUCGGAACAAGCGGAUGAAGAGUGUUCCUUACUCCGCGCCAAGAGUCAAAAGCUUCAGCAGAGGAUUACCACCCUCGAAGCCUUGAGUGACAGACGAGAGAAGCAGAUGAAGAGACUCUUGAAAAGGCUUGAUGGCGCCAUGCAGAUGUUAGAGGCCUUAGAGGAUAUGCUGGAGCAGCAGCGAAAGGCGAUUUCCGCGCAGAAAGUGGCCAUAAGCGCCCUUAAGGAAGAAGGUGCAGUGGAUGAGGAAGAGGAAGAGGAAGAAGAGGAGGAGGAGGAGGAGAAGGAUGACAUCGACGCGGAAGAUGUGAGUCCCGAAAAGUUGAUGGCUCUCUUUCAGCAAGCUGAGCAGAUGGAGCACGCCCUAAAACAAAUCGAAGCCUUGGGAAAGGCAGGGCUGUUGGACGGCGGAGGUGGUGAUGGCGAUGUGGAUGCCAUCCUCAGUCGCUUGCACGCCUUGGAAGAGGAAAAGGCGAACUUUGAACGGAUGGUGGCGCAAUCCAAGUUCCACUACAUCUUCAAUCUGCGAGAAUUGAGCCGGGGGAUCAUGGAGACACCGCAAGCAGUGAUCUCGGAUGAAGAACGACUGGUCUCGUUAUGGAGGCACGAAUGUACCAGGGUAUUUGGAGACAAGCUGGCCCGAGAACAGGACAAAAGUUUGGUGGAAAAGCUGGUGCACGACUUUGCAGCAGAACAUUUUGGAGAGCAGCUGGCUACCUACACAUCCCCAACGUGCUGGUGGUGUGAUCGACCUCCCCCUUCUGAAGAUGAUGAGGAUCCAGUAGCGCCGAAGAUCUAUGAACCGGUGACGUCAUUGGCCGACGUUUGUCGAAAGGCUUAUGAGUUCCUGGCCAGGUUCAAUCAGAAGAACCAAGCCAAGGCCAUGAACUUGGUGCUGUUUGAAGAUGCCUUGAUGCACCUGAUGCGUAUCAAUCGCACCAUCCAGCAAAAACGUGGCAGCGCCGGGGCACCCCAGAUUGCGGCAGCAGCAGUUCGCAGUUCUGGAUGGCGAAUCGAAAAACCACAGAAAUGA